AUGAAACAGGUCCACUACUGGAAUAUGAAUAUCAUUCAAAAUAAUCUGCUGUAUGACAGUACUAUCAAUUCRACAAGAUGGCAUGGACGCAUUACAGUACAGACGCUACUGGUAUUCGGCCACAGUGCUCGUGGGCUGAUCAUCACAAAACAAAAUGAUGAUAUYAAAGUUGUUUUUAGAAGURAUAUAGUCAACAAGACUUGGAUGACCGCUUCGAAGGGACAGCUGUUUAARGCAGGGGUGUGGCAUCAUGUUGGCGUGACGUGGGACUGCACUGAUGGGAUUCGAUUGUACCUCAAUGGCACAAGAAUCGACGACGUCGAGAGAACCAUUUCACCAUUAAAUGAUUCAAUGCCUGGCCGAGAUAACUGCUCAAUGUACAUAGGAAAGAACCGAGAUGGAUCACAGUACACCAACAUGAUGAUCGAUGAAGUGUCUUUAUGGUCAAUCGUUAUCAAUGCAUCUACAGUAGAGAGGGCCUACAGAUAUAGAAGAGGUCAGUGCAAAACUAAGCCAACAGGGCUCCAAGGNCAAAACUGUUACCAACAUUUCAGUAUCGCGAAAACAUGGAAUGAUGCAGAGAAAUUGUGCAGAAGCCUUUCAUCAGAUAUCACAAGUGUCAGUGUAAAAGAAAUGCAGAUCAUACUAGAUAUGACGCGAAAUAAAUCAUUUAACUGUCUUUAUUUGGCACAAAAUACGUCCUCAUUGGACAAGGGUGGUUUGAAGGGCAAAGCUGUGAACAAGCAGUGUGUAUUUUAUAAGAAGAAUGUUAUUGGUACUGGUGAYUGCACUAGAAAAUGUACUUUUGCGUGCAAGAAAAGAAGAGGUGGUCUUUUCAAAGAUGCACGUUUUUCCUGUGAUGCGAGUUYCUCUAAUAAAGCUAUGAUUGGUCAUCGAGUGUCUAUUACUAGUGUCCCUAACGAGAUCGAGUGYGCCAUACAAUGUCUUUUAUAUGGACCGGACUGUCAAUCAUUCAAUUACCAAACCACAGGAAGCCCACGUCAUGUAUGUGAACUUAAUCGAUCUGCAGAUCAUACGCAAAUUGGUUCUAAGGAGGGAUAUCAGGUUUGUCAAAGACAAUGACGUCAUAUAGACUCCACGCCACCAGUAUAAGACGAACGAAUGCAUGAAUUAAAAAAACAAGCAAACAACGAAAAGUAUCGCCUCUCCAAGCACAACCAACUGUCGGGGGUAAUGUUGUACGUGUUGUAAUAUCAACUAGAACUGCCAUGGAAAUGCAAAUGAUUGAAAGAUAAAUAAUUGGAUCAAGAAUAAAUACUAUGGGACGAAAUAGAUCUACAACCAU